UUCAUCCUCCAAGGAGUUCAAUCACUUGGCGUGACUUCACUUCUUUUAAGAAAAAGAGUGGUGCCCAGGCAACAUGGGUGACUGGAGCGCCUUAGGCAAACUCCUUGACAAGGUUCAAGCCUACUCAACUGCUGGAGGGAAGGUGUGGCUGUCAGUACUUUUCAUUUUCCGAAUCCUGCUACUGGGGACAGCAGUUGAGUCAGCCUGGGGAGAUGAGCAGUCUGCCUUUCGUUUUAACACUCAACAAACUGGUUGUGAAAACGUCUGCUAUGACAAGUCUUUCCUAAUCUUUCAUGUGCGCUUCUGGGUCCUGCAGAUCAUAUUUGUGUCUGUACCCACACUCUUGUACCUGGCUCAUGUGUUCUAUGUGAUGCGAAAGGAAGAGAAACUGAACAAGAAAGAGGAGGAACUCAAGGUUGCCCAAACAGAUGGUGUCAAUGUGGAGAUGCACUUGAAGCAGAUUGAGAUAAAGAAGUUCAAGUAUGGUAUUGAAGAGCAUGGUAAGGUGAAAAUGCGAGGUGGGUUGCUGCAGACCUACAUCAUCAGUAUCCUCUUCAAGUCUAUCUUUGAGGUGGCCUUCUUGCUGAUCCAGUGGUACAUCUAUGGAUUCAGCCUGAGUGCUGUUUACACUUGCAAAAGAGAUCCCUGCCCACAUCAGGUGGACUGUUUCCUCUCUCGCCCCAGGGAGAAAACCAUCUUCAUCAUCUUCAUGCUGGUGGUGUCCUUGGUGUCCCUGGCCUUGAAUAUCAUUGAACUCUUCUAUGUUUUCUUCAAGGGCGUUAAGGAUCAGGUUAAGGGAAAGAGCGACCCUUACCAUGCGACCAGUGGCACACUGAGCCCCACCAAAGUCUGUGGGUCUCAAAAAUAUGCUUAUUUCAAUGGCUGCGCCUCACCAACUGCUCCCCUCUCGCCUAUGUCUCCUCCUGGGUACAAGCUGGUUACUGGCGACAGAAACAAUUCUUCUUGCCGCAAUUACAACAAGCAAGCAAGUGAGCAAAACUGGGCUAAUUACAGUGCUGAACAAAAUCGAAUGGGGCAGGCGGGAAGCACCAUCUCUAACUCCCAUGCACAGCCUUUUGAUUUCCCUGAUGAUAACCAGAAUUCUAAAAAACUAGCUGCUGGACAUGAACUACAGCCACUAGCCAUUGUGGACCAGCGACCUUCAAGCAGAGCCAGCAGUCGUGCCAGCAGCAGACCUCAGCCUGAUGACCUGGAGAUCUAGAUAGAAGCUUGAAAGCAUCAAGAUUCCACUCAAUUGUGGAGAAGAAAAAAGGUGCUGUAGAAAGUGCACCAGGUGUUAAUUUUGAUCCAGUGGAGGUGGUACUCAACAGCCUUAUUCAUGAGGCUUAGAAAACACAAAGAGAUUAGGAUACCUAGGUUCAUUGGGGGUGUCAGGGGUAGAUGGG